UGUGAGUGCAAAAUCUGACUUUCCUCAACUAGUUGAAGCAACUUCGGUAUUGCUUAAAGGGGAGUCAACAUGUCAACAGAUAGAAUCUGACAGUGAGAUUGAUGACGACGAUCCUGAACAUGACGAAGUGCUCAUGGAUGCUGUUUCUGAUCUCCUUCCUGCAUAUGCAAAGGCCAUGGGCGCUCAAUUUGCUCCUAUCUUUUCGCAACUGUUUGCACCUUUGAUGAAAUUUGCAAAAGCAUCAAGCCCACCUCAAGAUCGUACGAUGGUUGUUGCGACCCUGGCAGAAGUUGCCCAGCAUAUGGGUGCUCCAAUUGCUGGCUAUGUUGAUGCUGUGAUGAACAUUGUACUUAAAGAAUUAGGGUCAUCUGAUUCCACUAAUAGGAGGAAUGCAGCAUUUUGUGUUGGUGAAUUGUGCAAAAAUGGUGGGAACUCUGCUUUGAGAUACUAUGAUGAUGCUCUACGUGGCCUUUAUCCAUUGUUUGGGGAAUCAGAGCCGGAUAAUGCAGUUAGGGACAAUGCCGCUGGUGCAGUGGCAAGGAUGAUUAUGUUUCACCCGGAGGCCAUUCCUUUGAAUCAGGUCCUCCCUGUUUUCUUGAAAGUUCUUCCUUUGAAAGAGGACAAGGAAGAAUCAAUAGCUGUAUAUAGCUGCAUCUGUAAUCUCGUUUUAUCAUCUAAUCCUCAGAUCCUGUCUAACGUUCCCCAGCUGGUUGAUAUAUUUGCCCAAGUUGCUUCAUCACCCGAAGAAACACCUGAAGUCAAGACGCAGAUAGGCAGGGCAUUCUCUCACCUGAUGUCAGUUUAUGGUCAUCAGAUGCAGCCUCUUUUGGGCAAUCUUUCACCCUCGCACGCUAAUGCCCUAGCGGCUAUCGCUCCUAAGAGUUGACGCAUAAACAAAGUCAGCCUACAAAAUUUUGUUCUAUUUGUGGUCCGUUCUCGCUAUUGAGCUGCUCCCUUUGGACAUUCUACGCCAAACAGAUGUUGAGACGAUGGCCAGAAUGAAAGUUGGUUACAGCAUAAAUGAUUUUUUCAAAUGGCGUGCUGAGGGAGAUGUACAUGAUUUCGUGAUAUAGGGAAGUACAACAAUAUUUACAGAUAAUUCAUCAUUAGCGUUUUUUAUUCAAUGACAGGUAAUGACAUUUAUUUUUUCUUUGAAUUUUAAUUUUUGGUGUGAGAAUUUGUGGUUUGUAAUUUUAAUGGAGUUGGGCGAUGUGUUGUCAUCCCAACCAUUUUUUUC